AUGGAACAAUUCUCUCAAGUUGCGGCAUUAGAAGACAAAUCAGUUAACCCAGGUUAUUAUGGCACGGUCGGUUCUGGCCGGCUAUGUUCGUUUUCCGACCAUUUCCUUGUCGCCGGAUUCCGGUCGGAAUCCGACGGCAAGGAACCUGCUGGAAUCUGCGAAAACUGUGCCGGAAUCAAGAAGAGCUGUACUGAAUUCGACUCAGAUUCCAACGGAUCCAGUCACCGGAAUGAUCGACCUGGGAUUCGAUGCUUUCGUACCAAUCACAUGAAGGUUAAACUAUCGGAUACGGGUUUCUUCGAGAAUGUGAACAAACAAGCCAAUUUGUUUUAUCAUGGAACAAUAUCGGAAUACACUACUCAAAUAUUAGAAUCCGGCAUUCCAGGUGACGAUUCGUUUAUCUCAAGCGAUUUUGGACCAGGAUAUUAUCUUAAUACAUCUUUUACGGAUGCUCGAGACUGGUUGUUGAAGCGGAUUCGUGGUGUUGAUACAAAAUUAGAUGCAGUUUUCAUCUACAAAAUUGAUAUGAACCAAUUUAACAUUUGGAAUUUGUCAUCGCAUGGAGAACAUGAUGACAAUGACGCAUUGUUGAAUGAAUGGCGAAAACUGAUAAAGCUUUGCCGACAAAAGAAACGCCCGUUUCAAUUAAUUUACCAAUACGAUGGUGUAUUUGACUCUCAAUGCGCAAAUCCAGCAGAUAUGUUUUAUUUGCAAAAAGAACCACGCAUUCGAAGAAUUCAAUCAUCUGAAGCAAAACAACUGUGCGUGUCUUCAUCAAAAUUAAAAUCAAAACUCUAUCGUGACUUACUGGAGGCAAUAGAUAUUUUGGAUCCAAGCACCAGUAAUUAA